ACUUGUUAUCUUCAAACCUCGUUGUAGGCGUGUCUCUGUGACGUUCUUGUCAAUGGAGUUGUGGAAGGGGGAACGAGAGUUUUAAAAAACCGAGUACGCCGUCCGUGUGACAUUCGUAAACAAGUGCGAGGUGCGGUGAGAGGUAUAUCGUACGCAAGCUAUCUCAGCCAGAAUGUCGAGGGAUUCAGCCACCAACCAGCUGGUGAAUUACAAAAAGAACUUGAAGGGUAGUAGUGUGCUCACAACUACUCCAUUUUCCAUGCUACAGUUCUGUGGAUGUGCGAACUGCCACUACGCGAAGGAUGAAGGAGACGUGAUCAAGACGUCGCACGGCGCGCCGGUGGACAACAGGGCCGCCACGCUGACGGCGGGGGCGAAGGGCCCGGUGCUGCUGCAGGACCAGGUGUUCCUGGACGAGCUGCAGCACUUCGACCGCGAGCGCAUCCCCGAGCGGGUCGUGCACGCCAAGGGAGCAGGUGCAUUUGGUUAUUUCGAGGUGACUCAUGAUAUCACCAAGUACUGCAAGGCUAAAAUUUUCUCCGAGAUCGGCAAGCGAACUCCCCUUGCUGUUCGCUUUUCGACCGUCGGUGGGGAAAGCGGCUCAGCCGAUACUGUCAGGGACCCGAGAGGUUUCGCCGUGAAGUUCUACACGGAGGACGGCACCUGGGACCUGGUGGGGAACAACACGCCCAUCUUCUUCAUCCGGGACCCGCUGCUGUUCCCCGUGUUCAUCCACACGCAGAAGAGGAACCCCGCCACGCACCUCAAGGACCCGGACAUGUUCUGGGACUUCAUCUCGCUGCGACCCGAGUCCACGCACCAGGUGAUGUUCCUGUUCUCGGACCGGGGCAUCCCGGACGGGUACCGCCACAUGAACGGCUACGGCUCCCACACGUUCAAGCUGGUCAACGAGAAGAACGAGCCCGUCUACUGCAAGUUCCACUACAAGACGGACCAGGGCAUCAAGAACCUGUUCGCGGAGAAGGCGUACGACGUGGCGGCCGCGGAUCCCGACUACAGCAUCCGCGACCUGUACAACGCCAUCGCGGACGGCAAGUUCCCCUCGUGGACCUUCUACGUCCAGGUGAUGACCUUCGACCAGGCCGAGAAGUACCGCUGGAACCCGUUCGACCUCACCAAGGUGUGGCCGCACAGCGAGUUCCCGCUGAUCCCGGUGGGGAAGAUGGUGCUGAAUCGCAACCCCAGCAACUACUUCGCGGAGGUGGAGCAGAUAGCCUUCAGCCCCGCCCACCUCGUCCCGGGCAUCGAGCCCAGCCCGGACAAGAUGCUCCAGGGCCGCCUGUUCUCGUACACGGACGCCCACCUGCACCGCCUGGGAGCCAACUACCGCCACAUCCCCGUCAACUGCCCGUACCGCAGCAGGGUGGCCAACUACCAGCGGGACGGGCCCAUGAACCUCACCAAGAACCAGGAGGGCGCCCCCAACUACUUCCCCAACAGCUUCGGCGGGCCCAAGGAAGACCCCAGCGCCGCCAUCUCCAAGUUCUCCGUCUCCGGGGACGUGGCCAGGUACAACAGCGGGGACGAGGACAACUUCAGCCAGGCCACCAUCUUCUGGAAGAAGACGCUGAGCGAGCAGGAGCGGGAGCGACUGGUCUCCAACAUCGUGGGGCACCUCAAGGACGCCGUCGACUUCAUCCAGGAACGCACCGUGAACAUGUUCUCGCAAGUGGACGCCAACUUCGGGGCCAGGCUGCGCGAAGGUUUGCGCCAGCAAGCCAAGGCCAGGCUCUAGGCGCGCCGCGCACGGCCAGAACUGCAUCACCGGAAGCUCGGGACGCACGGAACAAAAGAGUUUGCCCGACGUUCAACACAACGUCAAUGCCACCGUCGAAGUUUAUAUUCCCGUGUGCCUUCUCACUGGACAAUUUUAUUCGUUUUGGGUUGUGGACAUAUCAUUUGUAAUGGAGGUAGAUUUUCUUAACAAGAGAGAAAUACUGAGUUUGAUUUACUAACAUACAUUUUAUAAAAUGUAGGACGUAAGAGAUGCAAUUUUAGAUGUGUGAAAUUUAUUUCUCUGAAAUAAGAAAAAAAUAAAAUUAUAUAGUGAAUGUUAAAGAUAAAAUAUAUUUUUCUUUAUUUUUUAAAUUUUGAUAUAUUUGUAUGUUAAAUGACGCAGUUGAAAGCCGUUAAAAACUAGUGUUAGAUGUUAACUGUUCUGUGGGUGCUAUGCAUGGUAGGAUCACUUGCAUUUCGAUUCUUUGGUUGUGUUCUGUUAUUGCUAAACAGAUGUCACAAUAUUUUAUAUUAUUUCUGAAAAAUAUAUGUAUUGUGUUUUAAACACCAAUAAAGUUUGAUGUGGA